AUGGUUAACUCUAAGACCAUUAUCUGUGCCUUGGCUCUCUCAGCCCUCACUGCAUCUGCCUCCACCCUUAGUAAUCGUUUCUCUAUCAACCAAGUUCCUAUUAAUAUUUCUCGUAUCCACCCAGCUGCCAAAUACGCCAGGGCUCAUACUAAAUAUGGUGUUUAUAUUCCUGAUUAUAUCACCUUAGCUGCGAGGUCUGGUAACCCUGAUGUAGCUGACUCUGUUGCCGCUGAUCCCUAUCAGAAUGAUAUUAUAUAUCUUUCUCCCAUUAAAGUUGGUAAUAACGAGUUAUUGGUUGAGUUUGAUACUGGUUCUUCUGAGCUCUGGGUUAAGACUAGUGAAUCUCCUGGUGCUGGACCUUCUACCUAUGAUCCUAGCACUGGUACGUUGCUGCCAAAUUAUCACUGGCAUAUUGAAUAUGGUGAUGGCAGCACUGUUGGAGGCAAGGUAUAUAUAGAUGAAGUAAUGGUUGGCAAUAUUAGGUCCCAUAACCAGGCUAUUGAGAUAGCUGACUACAUCAAUGCACCAGAGAUAUUGAGGGAUGUAAUAGAUGGUAUAAUGGGAUUGGGCUUCUUUAAGUUGAAUAAGGUACAACCUAUACCACAGCUAACUUUUUUUGAAAAUGUUAAGGCGAGCCUCGAUACACCGGUCUUUGCAGCUUAUCUUAGGCACCUGGCCCCUGGUAGCUUCGACUUCGGCUAUAUUAACCCCCAGAAAUACACUGGCACGAUCACUUACGUAGAUGUUGAUCAUAGUCAAGGAUACUGGAAUAUUACCUGGGAUGGAUUCUCUGUUGGUCCUAUUUAUUCUGCUGUUUAUCCCUUCCAUGUUAUAGUUGAUACUGGUACUUCUCUGCUCCUCCUUGAUGACUUUAUUGUUGGCAAGUACUACACCCAUAUUACCACUGCUUAUUACGCGUAUCAGCAUGGUGGAUGGGUCUUUGAUUGCAGGGAAGAUCUUCCUUACUUAAGUCUUAAGAUUGGUGCAUAUGAGGCUUUCGUUCUGCCUGAAUACCUCAAGUAUGCUGACCUUGGUGGUAACGUUUGCUAUGGCGGUAUCCAGCGCACCAUACACGAAGGCUACAGUAUUCUCGGCACCAUAUUCCUUAAGACCCAGUACGUUAUUUUUGACGAUGGCACCACUGGAUCUCCCCAGGUCGGUUUCGCUAAACAGGCCUAA